AUGGGUGGCAACGGCAAGGGCAAUGGCAAGCCAGGGUCAUCCAAUGGCCCCGAAGGACAAGCCUCAACUGGGGCACCAACCGGGAAAGCGGACCAGUACGUGCCUGUCUUUGACAACAACCAGCGGUCUUACAAGGAGUUCCGCAAACGGUGUGAACUGUACCGUGUGAAGAUGGAGCUGGCUGGCAGGCGGCAGGAGACAAUCUUCAAUAUCGUCACCCUGCUCACUGGCAAGGCAUGGGACAUGGUGGAUGACUUGACCACCGAGACCUUGCAAGGAGACGGCGGCUACAACGCUGUCUUCGAAAGACUGGACCGCGGCUUCAGGUACGAGCCCCUCACCGAGUUGCCCGAAGACUUCGAGACGUUCUUCGUGAAGUUGAACCGCAAGGCGAACCAGACGUUGCAGGAGUAUGCCGCUGACUUCUCACGAGCUGAACGGCAAAUCCGUGUGACUCACUCCGUGGAGCUGCCUCAGAAGGUUUUGUCCUGGUGGUUUCUUCGACGGAGUGGCAUCGGUCGUGAACAGCGACAACUCGUGCUCACAAACGUUGGCGCCGACAACCUCACCCUGGAGAAC